UAUAUCACAGUACUUCAAACAGGGCUACAGCAAUCUGGAAAUACUUGAAUUUUUGAAACUCCACGACAUAGCUAUCAGUUUAUCAACCCUGAAAAGACGUCUUCGAUCCUUAGCCCUGUCGAGAAGAUCCACCAUAUCUGAUGAUCAACUGAAGAAUGCCAUCGAGAAGGAACUUGGGAAAAGUGGUUGUUUUGUGGGAUACCGUAAGAUGUGGUCCAGGCUCAGAAAGAAGGGGGUUAUUGUUAAAAGAGCAACCGUCAUGAGGUGUCUCAGAGAACUCGAUCCUGAUGGCGUGAAUAGCAGACGAAAAAAGAGGCUGCGUCGAAGGGCUUACCACUCGAAAGGACCGAAUUUCAUAUGGCAUAUCGAUGGCCACGAUAAAUUAAAGCCCUAUGGCUUCAGCGUGCAUGGAUGUAUCGAUGGCUUUUCAAGAAGGCUUAUUUGGCUGGAGGUGGGCUCCACAAACAAAAACCCAGAAGUGAUUGCAAAAUACUAUUUGGACGCUGUAAAGCAGUCAGGUGGCGUACCAAGAAAGAUCAGAUCGGAUGAUGGAACUGAAAACAGUGUCAUUGAGGCAAUCCAUACUUACCUUAGGUCUUCACACAAUGAUGAUAAUGCCGGUGAGAGAUGCUUUGUCAUUGGCAGAACAACAGCAAACCAAAUAAUUGAAGCCUAUUGGUCCCAACUUGUAAAAGAUGGCCCUGGUUGGUGGAUAAAUUUUUUCAAAGAUUUGUCAGUCUUGGGCCUAUUUAAUGGCUUUGACACUGUUCACCAGGAUUGUAUUCGAUUUUGCUUCAUGAAUAUAUUCAGACAAGAGCUUUAUCAAGUUGCUGAAAUGUGGAAUCAACAUCAAAUAGCAUCAAGCAGAUUUGGUAACAGUACUGGUCCUAGAGGAAAACCUGACUGCAUGUAUUUCCUGCCCCACCUCUACAACACAGAGGACUUCAAAGACAUUGAUCUCCAUGAACUAGAAGAGUUAAAUGAUAAUUCAACCAUGUGUUCUGCUGAUUUUAGUGAAGAGUUUGAGGAGUUUGCUUUAAUAGUUAUGAAUGUUCUUGGACUGAGCUUACCACAAGAUGUUAACGAAGGACUUGAUCUCUAUCUGCGACUAAUUCAAGAGAUUAACAGGUUAACAUAACAAAUGAGCUUUUCUGAUGCAGUGCUAGGUUUCCAGACUUCCUUGGUUCAACUGACCUGUCGUAAUUGGAUAGACGUACAGAGGAGAGGUACUUUUAAGUAUCUAUUAUCUCUCCUCUGUAAAUCUAUCUCAAAAACGUCUUCAUGGGCUGCUCUUUUGCCAAGAGUUAUAUUAUUGUUGCACUUCUUUCUCUAAAAACAGAAUGCUUAUGAUAUGAAAAUAAAACAACACGCAAACACUGAAAAAUCUCAAUAUCCUUUAAUAAUAGCAUACACAUCUUGGAAUAUUCUGUCCAACCGCAUACUGACAACUUAAUAACCAAAAUCCUAAAGAACUGGCACCAAGCCAUCUGCCCUCACGUUCUCGCUCUCUAACUCUCCUGAACAUUCAAGCUUUGCUUUGCUUAAGCCUUUUCAAGGCAGCAAAUCAUUUUUAACUGAAGUAGUGUGUGAUAGUCACAUAAACUGGAAAGGGACAACAAGGCAAAUGAAUUGGGUCAGUUAAUCAAAUGUGAACUGAACAUAUAUAACAUACUUCUUAGUUACCUAAUUGAUGAGCAAACUUAACCCAACAUGUGAGGCAUUGUUCUUGUGUUAAUGAUUACAGUAAGGGAACCGCAAAGAACAUAAGGGAGCACAUAUGGUAUGAUUACAAAUAGUGCUAUCUAUCUCAAGAUUGAAAACCUGUCACAUGCAGAAAAAAUAACAAUGCUUCAGAACAAUGUUUGUUCUGUCUUGUUUGCUUGUUUGUUUGUUUUUUUCAGAGUAUGGACUGAAAGAAAGCUGACAUAAUGACGAGGAUUGACUUGGGAAAUAAAUUCUUUAGUCAGUCGAUUCUUUUCAUGGUUAGCAUUGUUACCCUCCCAAUCCUUAAUCAAAAUAUGUAAAAAAAAAAACAAACAAAGAGCCAAACCAAAAGUAGGCAAUUGAGCUAAGACAACAAGAGCAGAUAAAUAAAUGCCCUUAUUCAUCAUCAUCACAGGGCCAUGCAACUUUCCUUGGGUGAAGGUUGCAGAGGAAACAACACAACAAUAUCAGGUCAUUUGGUCAAUAACAGGCAAAUAAUUCCUACUAUAACCAAAAUUAACACAACCAGGUACAAAUCAAGGAAGAAAAUCAAGGUUCUAAACAAAAUGUCCCCUCACAAUAUGAUAGUAUGAAAUUCAUUGAGG